UGAGAUCUUGCCAAACUGUCUACGCAAUAUACACAAAAAGCUCCUUUUGCGCGGCAGAAGAAGACGGGCCCAUGUAGCGUCCAUUUGUAAGGGAAGCUAAAGAAUUGAUAGUAGAAAAAAUACAAGAUUUUGUACAAUGAGUGGACACAAUAGAAGAGCCCACAAAAGGAAAGUGGAGGAACUACAGGAUGAAGAUAACAGAUCCAGCAGUGUAGCAAGAGAAGACAGAAGUUCCAGUGAUGUUCCGGAUACUCCAGCAAUACUAACACUAACAAAAGAUGACUUCACAAGAUUAGACACUUCAAACUUAGAUGAGGGUGAGGAGGAAGACACCAGUGAAGUGUCUCAGGUGGAAGUCCAAGAGGAUGGAACUAUUAGCCGGGGCACCAUGUGGAGAGGGGAUGCAGCAGAGACCCUUGAUGCAACACAGGUAUUCUUAAGAUGCAGAAGAGAGUCAAACAGUGAAAACUUUGACUGCGAGACCCAAACAGUUCACUUCAGACCAGUGAGAGAAGACACUGGAGGGGGUUCCGAGGGGUCCAAGAGAGCUACCCUAGCGACUCUCAACCUCAAGACAGUCAAGGGGGAAAAUUAUUCAGAGAAGGGGUCUGCAAAUGUGAUAAAGAAGUGUUGUAUCGAAGAUUGUGAGUCAAGAUCGGACAGAACAGAAUCCAGUGUAACCUACAUCCCUGUUCCCAGUGAUGAAAGCAGUAGAAAACUUUGGACUCAGAUGCUUGACAUAUCACAACACAGCAAGAAGAGUUCCCAGUUAUAUGUGUGCAGUUUACAUUUACUCAGCCCUACCAAGUUAACAAAAACCAAAGGAAAAACCAGAAAGAAAAAAACCUGUGAUAUGCUUUUAGCGGAAGAAGCUGAGAAAAUCAAGAUGGGUUUAGCCAGUGGAAGGCCCAAAAGAACGCCAAAACCCAACAAGAACUACGACUGGGCAGAGUUAAUUCCAUUCAUCAAGUCAGAACCACAGGAAGAAGAAGAAAUAAGCCUAGAAAGUAGUCCAGGGGCUUCGAUACAGCCUUCAGGCGGUCUGGCUGGACGGAGAAGGAAACAGCUACUUUCGAGUAUCAAGAAAGAAGACAAAGAAAAUGAAAGACCAGGUGAAGCAGAGGAAUUGGAAGAGAUGAAUGCCUGUGAGAGUGAACCAGAAGAUUACGGAGAGAAUGUGAGCCAGCCCAGUCAGCUGAGAUUUCCUCCGCCCAAGCCAAAAGGAAGGCCUCCCAGGAUUAGAGAUAUUUGCACACAGACAGAUGCUAUGCGCAGUUCAACCACAAGACAGCCUUUGCGUGAAGUGAAAGUUCAGUGUAAUCUAACUGCAGAACCUCUUCCCACCUGUCCCAGCUGUUCAAGUGUUGAUUGGGAAAGAUUGGAGGAGCUUUUGGCAGACUGUUUACCCCAGAUUGAGAGGGAGCUGUGUGACCCUCAGGUAGCAGCAUGUAUCAAGCAGGUGUUGAGUAAUAUAGAAACAUCCACCCAUGCAACAAAUUUCCUACAACUCCUCUGUGGUGGUGAACGAGAUGAAUUAGAAAGUUCUAAAGGUAUAGUUCUAGUCUCUAGUCAGGAAGACCUUGAAGAAGUGGAAAUAGAAAAUAUGAUUCAUCCUGAAGUUGAAGCUCCAGUGUCAGGUGUAAGAGAGAUCACUCCCAAGGUAUGGAAGAGAAAGCUUCCACUGGCAAAAGUAAAGAAAGAGGAAAUAGACGAUUUGGAAGAUGAUGCAGAUGACUUAGGCUUACAAGCAGCCACAGAUUUGGAUGAUGAGGAAUUUACUCCUGGACUUGAUGCUCAGGAGGAAGACGACAAUGAGGAAAUGGAUGAUGAUGAAGACUGGAACGUCAAGAAUGCUGGAGAUUCAGGAAUCAUUCCCGUUCGAAAAAGACAAAAGAGGAUACAGAGCAAAAUAAAGAAAGAACAGAUGGCGAAGGAUGGAGAGGCAGAGGAUAAACUAGGGAAGGCCAGGCAGAGCAGCAUGCAAGGCUCAGAGCUUAGCAAGAGAUCGCCCAAACAGCAGGCAGUGAGGAGGUCACAGUGCUUGAGAAAGGGAGGUUGUCUAAACAGAUGCAAAAGUGUCAGCGAAGAGUGCAUGGCUUGCGAGGGCUGUCGGGAGGAAUGUAGAAUCCACACGAAAGCAGUGCCUCUGCAGGCGUGCUACAAGUGCAGCUCCUGCGACCAGACCUUCAGCCAGAAGAUCAGCCUCAACGUCCACCUCAUGUUUAAGCACGGGGCGCCGAGGAGGUACCAGUGUGACAAGUGCGACUACGAGGGGCCGAGACUCUACCACUUGAAGCGACACAUGAAGGUUCACUCGGACGAAAGGCAGUUUGUUUGCCAAGACUGCGGCAAAGGCCUCAAAACCAUUCAGGCUUACAGGAAUCACAGGGUCCUCCACACCAACGUAGGCCGCUUUACUUGCCACGUUUGCAACAAAGCUUUCAACCAGAAGAGUCUCUACGAGGACCACGUGAGGAGUCACCAGGUAGAGAGGAAUUUCGAGUGCACGUACUGCGACGCCACUUUCAAGACGUACAAACACGUGGCGUGCCACAUUCGUGCCGUGCACCUUAAUGACAAGCGCUUUAUCUGCGACGUCUGUGGCGCGCAGCACAUGACCGGAGCCAACCUGAAGACCCACAUGAAGAAACACAAAGACCUAUCGUCCCUCCCUUACGCAUACCACUGCACCAGUUGCGAGGCAGCUUUCCGCGGGGCAGAAGGCCUGGCGGUGCACGUGCGGGUCAUGCACAAGGUCAUUCUCUCCUCGGACAGCGACAUGCCCGAGGUGUCUCUGUCGACGCUCCACCCCACGCGCCGACCGGUCAAGAUUCAGUACGGUCUUUCUUCAGUUCACAAUGACCCCGAUGACCCCGAAGAAGUCGGUCUGGAGGCGGACGAGUCGACUGUCUUGGUCGAGGGGGAGAAUCUUACGGUGGUGAAAGCGAAGACCUCGGAUAUAAUAUAUGAGAUUUAAGUGGAAGUGAAGGGUCUGGUCUUGUGACAACUGUUCCCUACUUUAGAUGGAAUGAUUUCUAAAUUUCGUGUGGAUUUAUUGUCUCUCAAGAAAUUAUCCUCAAGAUUUAUAUAGUGUAAAUAACAUUAACCUUUUUUAUAUAUAUACUUCUUAUACUAGCUUCGUAUUCUAAAUUAAUCGAAUGCUCUAUCAGUUGUUAACACAUUUAUUUUUUACAUACAGAGAGUGGAUAGAAAAAAUAAGGAGAGGUGGAGAUUGGAAAAGUGAAAAAGUGUUUACUGUUGUGUGAUUAAGGAUUUGGAAAAACGGAUUUUUUUUCGGACAGAGAUUUCUUAUCUCCUGUGCCCUUUAUUUCAUUAUAUUUUUUUCUUUUCUUUUCACCUUUGUCUUUCCUUAAACUAAAAAGGAGGAUACGAAACAGUUUUUUUUAUGUACUUGUUGAUUUACAUCAAGCUUAAAAAGUGUUCAUAUUGUUUUAUAUAUACACCAUUUUUUUCUAUUGUGUAUUCUUUUAUAUACUGUACAUCUUUUUACAAUGUAAAUAUUCAUGAUAAGAUUAAGAAACAUUAAUUAUGUACGUUGUAUAUUUUUGUUAUUCAGUCGUAUUCCUAAUAAUAAUUACAUUAAGAAUACUACAUAAAUGGCCCAAAGUAAGUCUUAAUUCAUCAUCGCCGUCGCAUAGUGCCAAUAAACUGGAUGCUAAGCAUUUAUAAAUUUUGUAAAUAUAAUUUUUUUUCGCUGAUUUGCCACAUGGUUUCUCAGUAAGCGAAUAUAUAUUAGGAAUGUG